CUUGACUAGCGCCGAUUGAGGAACCGAGAAACUUUUUUUUCUUUGGGAUAUUUCGAAUGGCCCCAGUUAUUUACUUACGCCAAAAUCACAAAUAAAUUUCACUUUUCCCAACACCGUCUGUUUUUCCGCGUGUUAUCCUCUUCUCCCUCGGAGCGGGAUUAACCAUAGCUAUGGCUAGACGAUCUAACCAGCUCCGGUCCAAAGAGGAGCCCCGCCGCUCGAAACCGAAAGGAACGAAGAAACCAUAUACGCGGGGCGGUCUGGAUGCCUUAACAGUUGCGGAGAAACAAUAUCCCUCGAACUCUGGGAUUCGAAAGCAUCGCCUCGGGGUGGAAGAAGAUGACGGCUCGAAACGGAAGAGAGGUGGUACUUCUAAAUUUGACGAUGAGGAGGAGUCGCACGUUCAACCUUCCAAGCGACGGAGGACGGGCGACGAUGAAGACUCAGAGUCCAACGAUAAUUAUGGAAGUGAUAGCGAGGGGAAUGAAUGGCAGCUAGGUCGGGUCGAUUCUGAUGAUGACAGUGAAAUCGACAGUGACGAAGCCAUGGGUGAGAGUGACGAGGAGAAUUUCGAUGGGCGUAAGGUUGGUGGGAACUCGAAGGCCAAGGCGAAGUCUACUCUGAGAAAACGGGAUACCGACGACUUCGAUUUAUCAGAAGGUGAUGGGGAAGAGCUGGAUGAUGACGAUGAUCUUGGGGAAGACGCGGUGGAUCUUGCUACGGCCUGGGAUAUGAAUGCAGAGGAGUCGGAAUCAGACACGAAAGCGAAAAAUAAGAAAUCCAAAGCGAAUUCUAAGUCUAAGAUUACGGAAGAAGAAGAAGAAGAAGAAGAAGAAAACGAUGAUGAUAUUAUUGAUAUAACUGGCAGCGAGGGUGAGGGGGAAGAGGAUGACUCUGACGACUCUAGAGACGAUGCGAGCGAUGCGUCUGGACUAUCGUUUUCCGACGAAGACGAUUUGAACGAGCGUGGCUUGUCAAAAUUACAGAAGUUCGUCAAAUCUAUGGAAAAUGGACAGUCCGACGACGGUCAAUCGAAGCUGAAGCAUCGGGCCAUCACUCAUGGCGCCCAACCUACGGAGUUCGGUCUCAUGCCCACCAGGAAGCUUACUGUUGCCGAUCUUAUACCAACCAUUUCCGACUCUCGCAUGAAAGGGUCGUUGAAACAUCUGGACGCCGUUGCCUCAACGAAGAAGAGCAAAGCCGGAAUACCCGGAAAACUGCAAGCGCCUCUUGCUAAACGCCAGCAGGAUCGUAUCGACCGUGCGGCAGCCUACGAGAAGAGCAAAGAGACCCUUGAUCGAUGGAUCGAAACCGUUAAAGCCAACCGAAGAGCUGACCAUCUGUCAUUCCCCCUUCCAGAACCGAACGCCAUACAGCAGUCAUCCAUUACUGAUGCAAAACCACUGAAUGACCUUGAGAGCACUAUUCAAAAUAUCCUUGUGGAGAGUGGCCUAGCGGAUGAGAAGGAUAAAUCUGGGGAGGCUCGAAUUCAAGAAUUUGAAGAGUUACAGGCGAAAAAGCUCCCCUUGGAAGAGAUACAGGCCCGUCGCGCGGAGCUACGAAAGGCUCGAGAGCUACUUUUCCGCGAGGAGGUGCGGGCUAAGCGGAUUAAGAAAAUUAAGAGUAAAUCUUACCGUCGCGUUCAUCGCAAGGAGCGGGAAAAAAUGGAUCUUAGAGAGCGGGAAGCUCUUAUCGCUGCAGGAGUUGAUGUCGAUGAAGAGGAUCGCGAAAUGCUUGACCGCCGGAGAGCGGAAGCUCGAAUGGGAGCGAAACAUAGGGAAAGCAAAUGGGCUAAAAGCCUUAAGCAGACUGGAAGGACUGGUUGGGAUGACGAAGCACGACUGGAAAUGGCGGAUCUGGCUAGGCGGGAGGAGGAGCUGCAGAGCAGAAUAGAAGGGAAGCGAGUUACUACGGGUCAGGAAGAGUAUCUAGACUCGUCAAGUGAAGAAUCUGAGAGCGACGAUGAUGCCGCUGAGGAUGGGUUUGGGUCAGACGCUGAGACAGAACGUCUUAAGAAGAAACUCAACGAGCUCGACCAAAACGGAAAUGCCACAGAAGAGCCGAUGACGGGGCCACAUGCAGCUUUACUGUCCAUGAAAUUUAUGCGGAAUGCUGAAGCUGCGCGGAAGGCUCAGAACGAUGCUGAAAUCAAAAAGCUCCGCCGCGAGAUGGGCAAUGGGGAUGAUUCACAGUCUGAUAAUGAUAUGGCAGAGAUGGGCCGUCAGAAAUUCGGCCAAAAUGCCACCACCAAUAAACCUGCUGUUACAGCUCCUCAACGACAGGAAUUUGAGGAGCCAGAUUCAGAAACGGACGAGAAAGUGCGCGCAAUGGAGUCUGAUGGAGAAGUUGAGAUUAAAGUAGACGACAACAACCGUGCGCCUAAGUCUACGACACGCAACUCGCGUCCCCCUAAGAAGCAAUCUAAUCAAACCAAUGGCCGCGCAACUAAAGAUAAUGAUGCUGAUGUCGACAAUCCAUGGCUCGCGCAGCCCAAGAGGAAUUCAAAGAAGCAAAAUGACUCAUCCGACGGAGCAGCUGACAUUAACUUGAUCGGCAAUGAUGCUGUUGAAAGCGGUCCUUCUCAGUCCCUCUUGUCAGCAGAACCCAAACGAGGCAAAUCGGCCAAAAAGCAAGUAGCCGUCAAAUCACACGACAAAACUGCCCCUUCUGCUGGUACCGCGGGCAGCGAAGAUGAAGAUGACGACGACGAUAAUACACGUGUACCCGUCCUUCUCAAAAAUGCAGACCUCGUCAAGAAAGCCUUUGCAGGUGACGAAGUGCUGGCCGACUUUUCCAAGGAGAAACUGCAAACAAUCGAGGAGGAGGGUGACCAAGUCAUCGACACCACACUGCCCGGAUGGGGAUCGUGGGCCGGGGCGGGACUGACGAAACGCGAGAAGAAGCAGGCGAAGGCGAGACGCUCCUUCGUGACGGAGGAGGGCGUCAAGGCUGAGAAACGCAAGGAUGCGAAGCUUGAUCGGGUUAUUGUUAAUGAGAAGCGGGUUAAGAAGAAUACCAAAUAUCUCGCCUCCCAAUUACCCCACCCCUUCGAAUCAAGGCAGCAGUACGAACGUUCCCUCCGGCUACCCAUCGGCCCUGAAUGGACGACCAAGGAAACGUUCCAGAACGCCACGAAACCGCGCGUCAUGCUCAAGCAGGGUGUUAUCAAGCCGUUGCAGAAACCGCUGUUGUGAUCUGUGGCUACAGUGCUGCGAAUGAGUUUUACAAAGUUUAUGUGGAUUUUAUUUUAUUUUAUCUUCUUCUUUUGGUUGGUGUUGGAAUAGAGAAUCUGCCACCUGUUAUAUACAUCGUUGUCUAUUUGUAGGAAGGAGUGGUCUUUUUUCUUACAUAGUAUUUUCAUUUCUACUUGGCAUAUCCGCCGAUGAGAAUGUCCAUGCUAAUUAUGUGCACAGGGGAAAGAGAAAAGAAAUAAAUAUGAUGGGAAUAUUUAGUAACGACAUAAAUCGCGAUAUCCUUUCGAUAUGCCUUUCAUUCCCAUUCCCCAACCCCCCCUCCUCUUCUUCCUCAACGCACUUCCAGAGAUGGCAAGGGGAAAAAAAAAAAAAGCUCACAUGGUAGUUAUGUUUUGUCAUUCCCGGUUUAAUGAAAUGGAGUACACUUCUCUUUCACCCCGUAGUACGGUAUUACUACAUACUUUCUACUCAUUCCUUUCGGCGAAGGGCUAAAAUUGAGAUUCACUGGUUUACUGCAACCUAACCGUAACACCUGCCUUGCGCAUCGACCCAACAAUACAAUGGAACACACACCCCUGAUAUAGCCUCCGGACGUUGGUAAUUGUACUUGUGAAUCUUGGGAAAGGUAAGAGUGGGGAACCGUGGUAGGGUAGAGAGAGGGCAACGAGAGGGUAGCAAGCGCCUUUGAGUUUUUAGUAAUUCCACGGGUAGAAGGCUUUAAGCCGGAAAGGGGAAAAAAAUCUUCCACUUGAUUUUAUAUGUGUAUAUAUAUAUAUAUUUUGCCCCAAACCUGCUUGGCACAACCUGGGUUAUUAUCAAUCUACCACAUCCCAUCUAUGUUUUUCGAGUGUGUAUGGUGAUGAUAUCAGCUGGGACUGCUGGGACAGAUAUGCAAUGGAUAGAUAUGUGCAGUAUGCAGAGCUGUGUGUUGUGCAUCGGAGUAGCUCUUGAACUUGGUUCAACUAUAACCCCGGGUUCCGUACAAGGGAUGCUGCCUUACAACGGAUUCCUUGGAUAUGGAUGGGAUGGAAUGGUUGGAUGUCGAUUCAUGGUCGGUUGGUGGCUGGUUUGCUUCAAAAAAACAACCUUGUCUAUGGCAGUCUAUAGUGACAAAUUAAUGAUAACUACUGAUUGUAUUAGCAAUCAAGAUCUCCUCAUUGGAGGUUGAUUUACUCUGUACUCUCUCAUCCAUCUCUGUGCUCAGAAGUCUCUAUACCAGG